AUGGAAAUGGAAAUCCUUGAUCUCGUAUUAGUCCCUACUGGUCUCUUUAUAAUGAUCACAUACCAUCUAUGGCUUCUCUACCGAAUCGUCAAACACCCCACAAAAACUGCCAUUGGUGUCAAUUCAAUCAAUCGUCGCUUAUGGGUUCAAGCUAUGAUGGAGGACGUGUCCAAGAAUGGAGUUUUGGCAGUGCAAUCAUUGAGAAACAACUUAAUGGCAUCAACCCUUUUGGCUUCAACAGCAAUCAUGCUGAGUUCUCUUAUCGCGGUGUUGAUGACUAAUCGAAACGACGGAGGCGUUGUAUCUAUGGUGUUUGGUGAUAGGACUGAGCUAGUUUUGUCAAUGAAGUUUUUCUCAAUUUUGAUUUGUUUCUUGUUGGCUUUCUUAUUGAAUAUUCAAUCAAUAAGAUACUAUAGUCAUGCAAGCAUACUCAUCAACGUUCCAUUCAAGAAACUGUCGUCAAAUCUUAGACGACAGAAGCAAACUGCUGAGUAUGUUGUGAAUACUUUGAGCCGUGGAAGCUAUUUCUGGUCACUUGGUUUGCGUGCGUUUUACUUCUCUUUCCCUCUUUUCAUGUGGAUCUUUGGACCUAUUCCUAUGUUUUUCUCUUGCUUUGCACUUGUUUUCUUGCUCUAUUUUUUGGAUGCUCCUUUUGAAUGUGGCUGGGCUACUGUUAAAGGAGUUAAUGAUCAUGAAUGUGUUCAAGUUGAAGUUCCCAAGCAACACUGCAUUGACAUGGAGUAG